CAAGUUAUCCACAUUCAAUGCGAAUUGAAUAUAAUGGCAAUCAUAUGUCUACGUUAAACUUGGCAACACUUGGGUCGGACUAUAGGGCCGGUUACUGGCGACAAAUGGUUACUGUAUUGUGGCGCUCAUACAUUGUAUUCGUGCGAAAUCCCGGUUUUCUGCGAGAUCGUUUCAUUACGAUGCUGUGGAUGACAAUACUAUUCGGGCUAUUCUACUACGGGAAGGGCUACGACUACUCCAUAACCAAUGAUAUCAAUGGGGCGCUUAAUAUGAUACUCCAGACCUUUGUGAUGACCCAAUCAAUACUUACACUCAUGGCAUUAGUAGGCGAAGAGGCCGUACUUUGUAGGGAACACCACAACCGUACCUACGCUUUGUUCCCAUAUAUACUGGCCACGAUUAUUCUACAGGUAAUGUAUAGACUCAUGAUAUCCACUCUAUGUCCGGACCUGUCAAUAGCUAAUGCAAUACUGGGGGCUGUGAUUCAACCAUUGCUUAUAUUGGGCGGAUAUUUCAUAAAUAGCGGUACACUACCAGGGUGGUUGGUUUGGGCCAACUACCAAUCGGUGUUAGUAAACGAGUGGCAAAAUGUGGGAAACAUGUCGUCCGCCAACACGACAAACACCACUCAAUCGACCACUACUUAUACCUCCGGAGUAGAUGUGAUUGAAUCCAUGGGUUUCGAUGAGUCGGCGCUCAUGUGGUGUCCCAUAGCCCUCAUUGUCUGGGCGUUGGUUUAUAUGUGUAUCGCAUAUAUCGGCUUAUGUCGGAAAGUCCAACACAAGUGA